AUGCCUGUAGUUUGUAACUCGCGCGGCUGCCGCCCCGUGCUGCUCAACGACCGCUUCCGCGACUGGAACGGCCGCCCGAAAUCCGUGCCGCGCUGGCCGCUGGACGGCGUGGGCCGCGGGGAAGUUGCCGGCGAGGCGGGCGGGGUAGCUGGCGGAGAGGGGGUGCGCGGGUUGGAGGCGGAGGCGGGAGGGGGGGGGGAAAUGACGGCGAUGGGCAGAGACAGCGGGGGUGAUGUCAGAGCGAAUGGAUUUGCGUCUCGUCACCAUGCCCACGGGUGGGAGAGCGCGACAGGGCAUGCGGCGGGGCACGGGGGGGUCGCGCACGAUUCUCGGCACGGCGUGGGUGGACAAACCUCUUCCGCUUCCCCGUCCGCCUCCCCCUCCCCCCACGACGAUAACCACCUGCGCGGUUCUCCCUCCCCCGGGUUCCACAGUCCCAGCGCGCCCUGGCUUCCGCCUGACGUUCCCGGCGCGCGUGACGGAGCCGCGGCCCACUUGAGCGGCCGCGGGGACCUCGAUUUUGCCUCGCCGAAUCUCCGUGUACCUGUGGUGGUGCCACCCCUGGUCGCGGUCGGUCGGCGCUCGCAAGGGCCCAUGACAAACGGUCUCCCCUCUUUCGACGACGGCGGCGGCGGCGGCGGUGGAGAUGGGUGCAGUAGUAGCAGCGGCGGAGGCGAUGGGUACACGGGCAGCAGUAUGCACGGCAACGAUGGCGCGAGUGAGAUAUUGAUGGACGACCGUCCGAUCUGGGCGCCCAUGAACGGGGUGUACGCACCACCGCCGAACGGGAGUAUCGCUGGUGGCGCCGCUGGUAGCGCCGGCGACGUUGUUGUUGGCGCUGGUGACGCUGGUGACGCUGCUGAUGCUGGUGGUGAUGCGGCCGCAGCAGGAAGAAAAGCAAACGGUGUCCCGUUUCCGUCGCACGGGUCGCCGAUUACCUCUUAUCGCCAAGAAUCUCUUUCACUCGAGCAGCAGCAGCAGCAGCAGCAGCAGCAGCAGCAGCAGCAGCAGCAGCAACGGCAGCAACGGCAGGUGUUCGGGCUUGAACGGUCCACGUCGCCGGAAGAAGCGGGUUCGUGGAGUGUGCGCGAGGAGCGCGGGGGCGUUCCGGUGAACGGCGGGGGAGAGGCGGGUAUUGGCGGCGGUUCCCUGUGGAUAGCAAAACGACCCGGCGACGAGCGGAGCGAGGGCAAGGACUACGAGCGCGCGGAGGAGGCGUUCCGGCGCGCGGCCGUGGCGAGCCGCGCGGAGGGGGCCGCGGGGGAGGCGGAGGUGCUGGUGGCGUGGGCGAAGGUGGUGUGGGAGGCGGGUAGAGACGCGGAGCGCGCCAUGGCGCUUUCUCGCCUGAUCACUGGUGCGGGCGAGCAGGGAACCACCAGGGGAAAAGGGGGGAAGGGGGGGAAGGUGGGGGAGAAGGGGGAAGCAGGGGAGGUUGCCGGGCCUGCUCAGCCUGAUGUUUCGCGUGGGGACGACCAGCUGUGUUCCUGCCAUGCUCCGGCGACUCUGCAGCAGGCUGGUGACUGCCGAAGUGGUGCCGGUAACUGCUCUUGCAGCUGUGGUGAGCACACCAACUCUGGCAGCAGCAGCAGCAGCAGCAGCAGCAGCGAUCCUGCAAGUUAUGUCCUGAAUAGUGCAGCAGCAGCAGCAGCCAACGGGCGAGGCUUGGAAGCCGAGAAUCGUAGCAGUUCUCAGGUGCUUCAAGGACAGGUGCAGGAGCAGGAGCAGCUAGGCAGGGCUAAGCGUGUCAACCAUCAUCAUAGCAGCAUCGCCUGCAAUGGCACAGCAACUCCAAACGGACCCACUGCUCCGGCUCUUCUUCCCCAUCCGCACGCAACCAGCACGUGCAGUGGUGCUGGCCGCAGCAGCGCUCUUCUUGGUGUGUCUGCCUUGCCAGCUGUGUGCGCCGGCAGCAUGAGUGUGGGCUCCUCUGCAGAGACAAGUUGUCAUUACCCUGAUGCUGCUGCGGCGGAUGCUACCGCCGUACCGGUAACCCCUCUGCCAUACGUGGAUGCAGCGCAGUCCUAA